AUGGGAAAACGCAAGCAACUGAAAGACGGCGACGUCGAUAUGGAGGGCACCAACCCGCCCGUAGAGGAUGACGAGUCCGACGAGGACAUGGAUAUGGUGAACGUAGACUUUGAAUGGUUCGAUCCUCAACCGGCAGUGGAUUUUCACGGCCUCAAGAACCUUCUUCGGCAGCUGUUCGAUACAGAUGCGCAGAUGUUCGACAUGUCAGCUGUGUCGGAUCUGAUUCUGUCGCAGCCUUUACUGGGAUCUACCGUCAAAGUCGAUGGGAAUGAGUCGGAUCCGUAUGCGUUUCUGAGUGUGUUGAAUCUUCAAGAGCAUAAGGAUACCCCCGUCAUUAAAGAGUUAACCUCCUACCUACAAAGCAAAGCUUCAUCAAACCCCUCUCUCGCUCCUAUUUCAACUCUCCUCUCGCAGACCCCCAUCCCCCCCAUCGGACUGAUCCUCACCGAACGUUUAAUUAACAUGCCCGCCGAAGUGAUCCCGCCCAUGUACAGUAUGCUGCUAGAGGAAAUCGCCUGGGCCCUGGAAGAGAAGGAACCGUACAACUUCUCGCAUUACCUGAUCCUGUCGAAGACGUACGAGGAGAUCGAAUCCAAACUCGAUAUGGAGGACUCGCGACCGCAGAAGAAAAAGAAGAAGUCGGGCGAGUCUUCCAGCGAGAAGUUCUAUUUCCAUCCGGAAGAUGAGGUCCUUGAGCGACACGCACAAUGUUCCGGCUCCAUUGAAUAUACCCAUAAACAGGACGAGGGACUUUCCGAUUCUAAACGCGCGUUCCAGGAAUUGGGCAUUCGGACCAAGGGGAGCUUGUUGCUCAUCGAGGCGGACAAGUUUGAGGGCGCCAUCAAGGAUAUGACGGAGCAUUUCAAACCGUCGGUAUAG